AUGGACAAAGCAUCCUCCUCGUCCCAACCUCCAAAGGUAAAAUCAUCAAAGAAACAGAAGAAGGAUAAGGCUCCUCAGGCCAUCUCACCAGAGGAAGUGCUUUCGGAUGUCGACUCUGAUAACAUCGAUCAAGAUAUGAAUAACGACAACGACAGUAACAGUGGAUCAUCCUCUUCUUCUGGCGAUAGCGAGAGUGAAGUAGAUAGUGAGGAGAACCUGGAAAAUACAAUGCCUAAUAAGAAGAGUAGUGAAGUUGCUAAUACAGCAGCUGAGAAGAGAGGAAAGAGUUUAAGGAAAUACGAACCACCUAUAGGUAUGACAGAACUGAGAGUAUCGUCCGCAUUCACCACGUCGCCUUUCGAAUGGGAUAAUUUGGCGAAUAAACCUGGUGUGGAACUUUGGGCUAUCAGAGUACCUAAAGAUCUAAAACCAUCCCGACUAUCCUCUCUUCAACUCACCCUCCCCUCUAACACCUCAGGAUCCAUAACCGGCUCACUCAAGACUAAAUCCCAUCCAUACACUCUCUCAACGGCCGGGACAAAUAUACAUACCAAGACGAAAGUGGACGAGCAAGGUCGACAGCCCACUUCCGGACCCGGAGCAAUCGAUUCAAUGAGGAUGGACGUCGAUCAGAGUACGCCGAGGGAGAUGAAAGUCGAAGGAGGGGAAGAGAUGGACGGCUUGAGGCUGUUGGUACCGAAAGUCAAAGAGGGUGGAAAAUUGUUUGUAGCUGCAAAACCCAUAAUUCGUAAACUUAUUAUAACACCUUCAAUCGAACAACCAUCCACUUCCACUUCCUCAAUCAUUGAGCCCGCCUUGCCAUCUUUCCUAUCGAACCCUACCACAGAUGCGGCUAUAACGCAAGAACCAGCCAAUACCCAAACAAAGCGAAGUCAGCCAACGCAUUUGCUCAAAUUCAGGAAUCUAGCGUACGGAUUUACCACCCCCGGACCUGAACAUACGGUUGUGAAAUCGAUGGAUGUUGAUGGCCAGGGUCAGGAUGGUACUGCCGUGGAACCUUCAAGUCAAGUAGACCCAGUGGACAAGGUGAAAGACAAGAAGGAGAAGAAAGAGAAAGAGAAGAAGAGAAAGAAUGAGAAUGGUGAUUCUCCAAAAAAGAAGAGCAAGAAAUCGAAAGAUUAA